AACAACAGUAUCAGUGCAUUACAACCAGAAGCAGAGAAAAACGAAAAAAACUCCAUUUUCUCUGCCAAAAACCCUAGUCAAAACCAGAGGCUGAGAUCUUUUCCUCUCCGUUUCUUGAAAUCCGCCAUGAAUGCUGGAGGAGGAGAAGAAGAGAAUCGGAUGGAAGAAGACAGCAAGGAGAAGCUGGUCUUCAUGUGGGGAUACCUUCCCGGAGUUUCCCAGCAGCGAUCGCCGCUGCUUUCUCCGUCCGCUGUCCAACUUCCUGCAUCCAACGGUGGAGAUUCAUGGAAGGACGUCUGCGGCGGCGGGUGCGGUUUCGCCACCGCCAUUUCCGAAUCGGGAAAGCUCAUCACGUGGGGUUCGGCUGAUGAUCUAGGUCAAAGCUAUUUGACUUCUGGGAAGCAUGAGGAAACUCCAGAACCGUUUCCUCUUCCAACCGAAACUUCCAUAGUGAAGGCUGCAGCAGGUUGGGCCCAUUGUGUUGCAGUUACAGACUGUGGAGAAGUCUACACUUGGGGUUGGAAAGAGUGUAUUCCAUCCGGGAAGAUCGUCGGAGAUGCAUUGGCAGGGGGAGGCCUUGAAAAGGAACCACUGGACAGACAGAGUGGGUUGUCGAGCGAACAAGUUAGCCCCAGGUCACAAAUUUCAAAAUCGAGUAGUGCAGCAGCAUCCAGUUAUGACAGUAGAGGGGGUGGGGAAAUUACAAAGCGAAGAAAGCUAUCAUCAGCUAAACAGGCUUCUGAAAGCUCAACAUCGGGUGACGAGACUCUUUCAGCACUUCCAUGCCUGGUAACAUUGAAUCCAGGGGUUAGGAUUGUCACAGUUGCUGCUGGUGGACGCCAUACAUUAACAUUGUCAGUUUCAGAUGUAGGACAGGUGUGGGGUUGGGGCUAUGGAGGGGAAGGGCAGCUAGGUUUGGGUUCUCGUAUCCGUAUGGUGUCCUCUCCUCAUUUGAUACCUUGCAUCGAGAUCUAUUCUCAUGGUAAAGGCGGACCUUCAAUUACUCCUAGAGGAAGCACAGGUUCGGAGGGGCAGUGUCACAAAGCACUUGGAAAUUUUGUGAAGGCCAUCGCUUGUGGAGGUCGGCAUAGUGCAGUAAUCACAGAUGCUGGAGCAGUGCUUACUUUUGGCUGGGGACUUUAUGGACAGUGCGGGCAAGGAAGUACAGAUGAUGAGCUGAGUCCUGCCUGCGUAUCGUCGCUCUGUGGCAUUCGGAUGCAGGGAAUCGCAGCUGGGUUGUGGCAUACAGUUUGCAUUUCUGUUGAUGGAGAAGUGUAUGCUUUUGGUGGGAAUCAAUUUGGGCAGUUGGGCACCGGCGAUGAUCAUGCUGAGACACUCCCAAGGAUCCUGGAUGCCCCAAGUCUGGAAAACAAGCAUGCCAAAACAGUUUCCUGUGGAGCUCGUCACAAUGCUAUUGUAACAGAGGAUGGGAAGGUAUUUUGCUGGGGAUGGAACAAGUACGGACAGCUUGGCUUGGGCGACAUGAUUGACCGGAACACCCCUUCUCAAGUCCCACUCGAUGAUGUCCUGCCAACAAAAGUUGCCUGCGGGUGGUGGCACACGCUUGCUCUCGCUGAGCCUCCCACGUGAAUCUGAACUAUGAAAAAGAAAAGAAAAAAAGGAGGACAAAACAGCAGCAUGGCACGAGGGCGCACCCCAGAAUUUUGAUAGGGUUUGUAGAGCUCUCGACAUGCGAACACAUAUAUGUACCCAAUGUUAUAUGUAUAUGUAACCAACCAUGUACAUAUAGCCUAUUGUACUACACAUUACAUAUGCAUUUGUAUAUCAUUCUUUUGUGGUUGGGUC